AUGGAGGAGGUCAGAGAUGGAGGAGGUCAGAGAUGGAGGAGGUCAGAGAUGGAGGUCAGAGAUGGAGGAGGUCAGAGAUGGAGGAGGUCAGAGAUGGAGGAGGUCAGAGAUGGAGGAGGUCAGAGAUGGAGGAGGUCAGUGAUGGAGGAGGUCACUGAUGGAGGAGGUCAGAGAUGGAGGUCAGAGAUGGAGGAGGUCAGAGAUGGAGGAGGUCAGAGAUGGAGGAGGUCAGAGAUGGAGGUCAGAGAUGGAGGAGGUCAGAGAUGGAGGAGGUCAGAGAUGGAGGAGGUCAGAGAUGGAGGAGGUCAGAGAUGGAGGAGGUCAGAGAUGGAGGAGGUCAGAGAUGGAGGAGGUCUCGGUCCAUCAGUGGAGCGUCUUCAGGACUGUCCACAAGUCCUCUCAGCAGCCCCAGGGCCUGAGCUGGACUCUGUGAUGUCACAUGUCAGGCCUGAGCCGGACUCUGUGAUGUCACAUGUCAGGCCAGAGCCGGACUCUGUGAUGUCACAUGUCAGGCCUGAGCUGGACUCUGUGAUGUCACAUGUCAGGCCUGAGCCGGACUCUGUGAUGUCACAUGUCAGGCCUGAGCCGGACUCUGUGAUGUCACAUGUCAGGCCUGAGCUGGACUCUGUGAUGUCACAUGUCAGGCCUGAGCCGGACUCUGUGAUGUCACAUCCGCACCGACGCCUCUUUGUCCCGCCGCAGUCCCCAAACCUGAGCCGCUCCCCGCACUCGCCCAUCUCCCCCCCCGUGUCGCCGCUCUCCUACAACGGCGUCAUGUGCGCUGCGAGGGGGACCGUGGCGGGCUUCUCUCCGCUGUCCGCCAUGCACCCGCGCACCCAGACCCUCCCCGCCAAGCCGCGGCCCAACGACAAGCCGCUCCAGACCGCACGCUCAAACCCGCUCCCGUGCGCAACGCAGAAUUCAGGCGCGGGCAAAUCGGACCCGCCCACGCCGUGCCGAGCGCUCACGCCCGGUGCCACGGCGCAAAAUUGUAGUGAAAAACCUUGUCAAUCCACGGCGAAUUCUGGUCCGAAAUUGUGCCAGUCCACGCCAAACUGUAGUGUGAAACCAGGCCAGUCCACGCCAAACUGUAGUGUGAAACCAGGCCAGUCCACGCCAAACUGUAGUGUGAAACCAGGCCAGUCCACGCCAACCUGUAGCCCGCGGGUCAGACGGCACGCGGCCUUCACCGUGCCGCCAAAACUGUCCAUCCCGCUGUCUCCGGUGGCGCCCAUGUCCCCACGCAACGGCAAAUGCGCUGCUGCUCCCGUCCCGCAGGUGUCGCCCAGGGCCAGCCCGGUGCCCACGCCGAAGGAGAGCCCUGUGGGAACGCCCAGCCCCACGCCGCCGCCAUCGCCCUCCAUUGGCGGCGUGCCCUGGAGGACGCGCCUCAACUCCAUCAAGAAUAACUUCCUGGGAUCGCCGAGGUUCCACCGCCGGAAAAUGCAGGUCCCGACGCAGGAGGACAUGUCCAGCCUGACCCCAGACUCGUCUCCAGAGUUGGCGAAGAAGUCGUGGUUUGGUAACUUCAUAAACCUGGAGAAGGAGGAGCAGAUCUUUGUGGUCAUCAAAGACAAACCUCUGGGUUCUAUCAAGGCUGACAUUGUGCACGCUUUCCUCUCGAUCCCGAGCCUGAGCCACAGUGUGGUGUCCCAGACCAGCUUCAGGGCCGAGUACAAGACCGCGGCUGGUCCCAAUGUGUUCCAGAAACCAGUGAAGUUCCAGGUGGACAUCACCUACAGCGAGGGCCCCGGGGCCACCAAGGACAGCUCCGUCUACUCUGUCACCUUCACACUGCUCUCAGGACCGAGUCGGAGGUUCAAACGUGUUGUGGAGACCAUCCAGGCCCAGCUGCUGAGUGACCAGUCCAGCACCAGUCCUCAGAUCCCGGGAAGUCCGCUGAGUAACUUCUUUGACGUCAUAAAGCAGCUGUUCACGGAUGAGAAGACGCUGUCGGGGUCCUGCUCCUCCCCCAAGCAUGGCCCCCCCUCCCCCGGCCCCCGGAGCCCUCCCCCCUGUGACCCCCCCACCUCCAAAGGCCCCAAGGACAAGACCAAGACCAGCAGGACUGAGCAGGCCUGA